UGCCCUACCCCCGUCUCCUUCUCCUCUCCUUUCCCCACACAGCCCCGCCCGCCCCCCUCCUUCCUCGUCCGCCCCCAAGGAACCUGCCAGCCAUGAAGGGGGCCAAAUCCAAGGGCGCCGCCAAGGCCGAAACCAAGUUGGCGGUGAAGAGCAAGGGGGCGGAGAAGCCGGCGCCCAAGGGCAGGAAGAGCAAGCCCGCCAAGGACCCAAACAAGCCCAAGAGGGCGCCCAGCGCCUUCUUCGUCUUCAUGGGCGAGUUCCGCAAGGAGUUCAACGAGAAGAACCCCAAGAAUAAAUCCGUCGCUGCAGUCGGCAAAGCAGCUGGCGAGAGGUGGAAAAGCUUGAGCGAAUCGGACAAGGCUCCCUACGUGGCCAAGGCCAACAAGCUCAAGGGCGAGUACAACAAGGCCAUUGCUGCCUACAACAAGGGCGAGGUAUCGACGAGCACUGCUGCCGCCAAGAAGGCUGCUCCUGCUGCCAAGGAGGAGGACGACGACGAGGAGGAAUCCGACAAGUCCAAGUCCGAGAUUAAUGACGAGGAUGACGACGAGGGUAGCGAUGAGGAUGAGGACGAUGACGAGUGAAGCCUCUCAAGACGGUGCUCCAAUGGACAAGAUAGGAGCUUCCCUGCAAGGGGCCUGCUGCGGUGGUGGUGUCUGGCCUCAUAAGGAUCCUAUCCAUCUGUGUACUAGAAUUAUCCAGUUUCGCUUCAACAUUGUGAUGUUUUACCUUUUCUCUCGUCAUAUAACGGAUAGAGCUCCUUGUUGGCGCCACCGGCGGGUGCUGUCCUUCCCCGCUUGUACCUAGAAUUACUCUUUCCAUUGUCACUGAGCGGCUAACAUUGUGGUAACAUCAGUUUGGUAAUGUUAGAUUAAAUUGCUGUU